UUUCUUGUCUUUCUGGCAAUUUCAUUCCAGGAGCAGGUCGCUGGCUGCCUUAUUCCAUAUAUCACCAGCGCUUUUGGGCAGCAUGCGCUUCUAUCAAGCGUUUCAAUUGCGUCUAGUACCUUUUCAGCUGCGUCGAAGCUUCCGCUCGCCGCCAUAGUUGAUGCUUUUGGCGAUCGAAACACGUACCAGUGCAUGGUAUUUCUCUGUGUACUUGGCAUAAUAUUGAUUCCCUUGUGUCCCAACAUCUGGAUGUACACUGGGUCAAAGAUAUUCUACUCGGUCGGAGACGGCGCCAUUGCUUACAUUCUAAACAUCUCCCUAAUCAGGCGUACAUCCUUGCUGAAUCGUACUUUAUUUUUUGCACUUGCUGAAAGCCCUUACACAAUCAAUUCUUUCACGGGUCCAGUGGCGGCAGAGCUUCUACUUACACAUGGGGGGCUUUCUUUAGGAUUUGUGGUUGUAGCGAGCGUCACUUUGCUGUCCUGUAUCUGCACGACGAGGUUUAUCUUUGACUAUGACCGGGCUAGUCUAUCAUUGGCACCAGUCCGGCAACUCUUUAAAGGAGAGGCUUCAAUCUUUUCCACUGCCAAGUUUGAUGCUGUCGGAAUAAUGCUCUGCAGCCUUUCUUUCAUCGUUGUCUUGGUUCCAUUGAGCUUUUUGCAUACGCUCGACAAAAUGUGGCUUGUGAUGUACAUUGCAGCGAGCGCUGUGUGCAUCAUAUUAUUUAUUGCUUGGAGAUGGCUCGGUGCCCCGGUACCGUUCCUCGCGGCCGACCUACUCCGCAACCAGACAGCUCUCCUCGCAUGCCUGACGGGACUUGAGCUCUGGAUUAGCUUCUUCUUAUACGAUACGUAUCUGAUGUCGUAUCUUCAAGUCGCCCACGGGUUGGACUUGGCAUACGCAGGCUUUCUAUCCAGCACAUAUAACAUUUCAUCCUGUGUUGGGUCACUGCUUGCUGGGUGUUACGUACUUCGAUCCAGCCACAUGAAGCGCCUAGCACUUGCUGCGGCCCUUCUUCAGGGAUUGAGUAUACUCCUAAUGCUAUACUUCUGUCGACCCAAUGGGAGCAUCGCAUACUUAACCUCAGGACGGGUAAUCAAUGGCGUUGCCUGCGGCGUACUUGUGUGCUGUGCUCAGACAACAGCCAUGGCAGCAGCGAAAAAGCAACAUUCACAACCUGGCGACAGAUAUGCCCCCCCGAUGUCACAACCUAUUAGACCAGAAACAUCCAAGAGAGACGAGGUCAUUUAUCUUGCUCUAGUAGGUAUUUUUGACAGUGCGGGGGGCUCUAUAGGCCAGUCCUUUGCUGGGAUCAUCUAUGGCUUAAACAUGCCACAACUAUUGCAACAGUACCUCCCCAACAACGCUAAAGGCCUGUGGAAGGAGAUAUAUUCCUCUAUGAAGAUGCAAAUGAAAUGGCCUAUUGGGACCCGUAUCAGAGACUCUGUCGUUCGCAGCUCAGUCGAAACUCAUGGUUAUUUACUUGAAGCUGCGCUUGUGGUGAUGUUGCUCGAGAUCCCGUCCAUACUGUGCUGGGAAGAUAUUGAUCUUGUAGCGGUGGAAGCUAAUAAGGAAGACCACGUUGCUUGA